AGACCAAAGUUUAGAAAGUGUGUGUGAGGGCAGCUCCCAGAAAGCCCCGUCCCGCAAGGGAGGAAGACAGAUAGGGGGAAGGUGUAUUUAUUUAUUCAGGUUUCUUUACUCUCACACAGCUCUUGAUUUUCAAUAUUUUUCUCUGAUGUGGAUUACUUGGAGCUAACACGCCAGGAUUAAAAGGAUACUGUGUUUUUACUGAAAGCUAUGGUGGCUUACGAUGAACUUGGUAGCUUGGUGCCUAUCAAACGGACUCUGCAAGUGAUAGACUGCCAGAACCAAGCCAACAAAGAGUCAGAGGAACCCAGCAACAAGCGUGUCCGUCCUCUCGGCAGGGUGACGUCACUAGCUAACCUAAUCUCUCCGGUGAAGAAUGGGGCCGUCCGGCGCUUCGGCCAAACCAUCCAGGACUCCUUCCGGGGGAAUGGAAAGUCGCCGGGCGUGCCCCAGAAGCCUUGCAGCAAGGCAGCGGCCCCGACACCGCCCAAAAGGAGGAACAGCACCCUAUGGUCGGAGACGUUGGAUGUCCACCAGAAGGGAACUUUCUCCACCAAAGAGAUCAAGCGACAGGAGGCCAUAUUUGAGCUGUCUCGUGGAGAACAGGACCUGAUUGAGGACCUCCAACUCGCACGCAAGGCAUACCAUGACCCAAUGCUGAAGCUCUCCAUCAUGUCUGAGGAGGAGCUCACUCACAUCUUUGGCAACCUGGAUGCCUACAUCCCUCUGCAUGAGGACCUGCUGGCCCAGCUCUCCAAAGCCACAGGGCAGGAUGGGACUGUGGGUCAGAUUGGGCAGAUUGUGGUAACCUGGCUGCCCAGACUCAAUGCCUACAAGGACUACUGCAGCAACCAGCUGGCAGCCAAGGCGCUGCUGGACCAGAAAAAGCAAGACCCUCGGGUGCAGGACUUUCUGCAGCGCUGCCUUGAGUCACCCUUCAGCCGCAAGCUGGACCUGUGGAGCUUCCUGGAUAUCCCACGUUCCCGCCUGGUCAAGUACCCACUGCUGCUCAAAGAGAUCCUGAGACACACUCCACCAGAACACCCUGAUGCUGCCAGCCUGGAGGAGGCGAUCGCCAUCAUCCAAGGAGUUCUGUCUGACAUCAACAUGAAGAAGGGAGAGUCAGAGUGCCAGUACUAUAUCGACAAGCUGGAGUAUCUGGACGACAGGCAGAGGGACCCUCGCCUCGAGCAGUGCAAGAGCCUGCUGUGUCAUGGGGAGCUGCGCAACAAGAGCGGCACGAAGCUGCAUGUGUUCCUGUUCACUGAAGUGCUGGUCCUUACUCGCCCAGUCACUAGAAAUGAGCGCCAGUGUUUCCAGGUUUACCGGCAGCCCAUUCCAGUGCAGGAUCUGGUGCUUGAGGACCUGCAGGAUGGAGACGUCAGAAUGGGAGGCUCCUUCAGAGGUGCCUUCAGCAACGCAGACAAAGCCAAGAACAUUUUCCGUGUGCGUUCCCAAGGCCCAAGCCAGGCGCAGUCCCAUACGCUGCAGGUCAACGAUGUCUUCCACAAGCAGCAGUGGCUCAACUGCCUCCGCAGCGCCAUCUCCGUCCACCGGCCCCUCAGCGAGCCCUCCACCCCCAGCCCACCCACAAGUGAUGCUCGCUCCAAGCGCCGGCCUUCUUCUGUCUCCGCCAUCGUCCACAUGGAGGAAGCAGAUGAGAACUGCCCAGAGCCGACCUCUCAGUCCGCCCCCUGCUCACCGUGCAACAGCACAACUCCCAGCCCCACCUCGACAUCUCCUUCAUCAACGACAUCAUCAACGUCGUCAUUGGUGCCGCUGUCCUCGCCUACAUCACAUAAAAACAAAAAGGACAAGAAGUGUCUAUAUUCUUUAGGGAAAAGAAAAGAGACAAUGGUGUGAAGUGAGGUGACGGGAGGGAAUGGACUCCACGGACAUUUUGGUUUUUGUACAUAUAACAACGCGGAGAAGCGUGGGACUUGUAUUUAUGUGUGUCUGCGUGCGUGCGUAUUAUUACAACAGUGUUCUGUGUUACUGUCCUCUUCGGCAGCUAUUUACCUUACCCCUCCAUCCAAGUGCACCCCACAGAGACACAGUGUUCUGGAGGGACGUGCACGGCUUCCACCGACUUGAAAAGGGAAGCACAACGAGGAACAAACCCAUGUUUCACACAUAAAUCCGUGUGUGUCGAGUUUGUUGAUUUCUUGAAGAAUGAGGUGGUGCAUCAAAUCCUGUUUACUAUAAAUUUGAUAUUUAAGCAUUAUUUUAGACCUGUUUUGGGGGCUAAUGAAAGUUUUACAUUUUUAUAUUCUAAAAUUUAUUGUAGUAUUUUUUAAGGUAUCAUAAAGCAGCACUGUUUUAGCUUUUAGGGCAAGUUAUUUGAAAAUUUGAGCAUGUUUAUGAGAAGAAAGAAAGGAAAAGAAACCCCCCAAAAGGUGAGAUGUACCACACAAAGCUACAAAUUUCUCUGUAAAAACCUGAUUUUUAGAUGAAUCAGAAAGACAUGUCUUAUUUUUAUACAUUCCUGAAAUGACAGAUACUAGAACCCGGACACUAUUUUAUUUUAUUUGCUACAGAGGCAUUAAUUUAAAUCUUGAACAGAUGAGAUGUUAAUUUCUCUCUACGAAACACAGCAAUAACAAACCAUCAGAUGCUGAAAUCCUACCAGAGAAAUGAUAAGUUCCGUUUUAAGAAAAAAAUUUGAACUGAGCCAUGUUGGUUUUUAAAAAAGCUGACUUUUCAAAUAGAGACGGAUCACUUUUCAGUGUAGCAUCUUGCAUGGAGCUUUAGUUGUGGACACUGCUCGCACCAGUAGAGGCAUCAGUGUGUAUGGAUCUGUCCUGAGCGACGGACAGCAAUUGAUGUAAAAGACUGGUUGAGGAUAAUAAGAGAAUGUUGUUGAAGGCUGAAGAGAAGAAUUGAGACCUGAGGGAUAAGGUGUGUUUUGGAACGGAAACAGACUGUCAGAGCGACGUGUUUUACUCCAUCAGCUGCUCAGGCUGGUGUGAAAUCUUGCUCAUAGAUGGAUGAAAGAUGGUAAAAAUCAAGUGAGUGUAACUGAUGGGAAAAGUACGUAGGGGAAGGGAGAUGAAAAAGGUUUUCGUAUGUGUGCACAAAAUGUUUUUGUUGUUGAGAUGGGAAGAAAAGAGAAAGGGGCAACUUGUUUGCCAUGAAUUUUAUGUAAUUAAAAGAACAAUAAAGAUCUGUGUAAGAUUUGAAACUGAA